AUGUCUCUAGAAAGUUUGGACACUGGCUCAGAACCAGCGUCGGAAUCAGAUAUCGAAAUCAAUGAGAGAGAUGUGAAAGAGGUUAUCGAGAGUAUCAAGGAAGCUCAAUAUUUUGAUGCAAGCAGCAUGGCUCCGCUCACUCCCGCGUCACUGGCAGCUAUUGCUCGAUUGAGGGCGUACACACCUCCCCCCUUCACAACAUGGGACAAGCUUCCGCUAAGCAGGAAAGCUGCAGUGUUGAUCUUACUAUUUGCAGACCGCCGGGGUGACCUUCGCGUUGUUCUCACUAUGCGUGCUUCAACUCUCAGAAAUUACUCUGGACAAGCGGCCUUUCCUGGUGGUAAAGCAGAUACGCUUGAGGAGAAGCCAUUCGAUAUAGCUAGACGGGAAGCUUGCGAGGAGAUUGGUCUUCCUCGAGACGACUCCAAGAUUCCUCGUCCGUUUCGAAUUGAGCAUUUAUGUCAAUUACCAUUCAGUUUCGCAAAGACUGCACUCGCAGUAAGGCCUUGUGUUGCAUUCCUGCACUCAGACGACAAUGGCGGGGAAAAGGCUGCCAGUGUAGAGGAUAGCAUGAUACCACGUCUUGAUGCAAAGGAAGUUGCAGCUGUUUUCUCAGCUCCAUUUCAUAACUUUCUUAGAGAACAAGACGAAGUUCAAGAAGGGGACCAGAUAGUUGGGAAGAAAGAAGACUGGUACGCAGGUCAAUGGCUGGACUUCCACGGCACCCAAUGGCGGAUGCACAACUUCUAUGUUCCAAUCAACAAUCAGAAGGUUACCAAGCCAAAGAUGAGAGAAGGUGGACAGGCAGCUAUCGCCGAACAGCUCGACGAGGAGGAAGAUGAAGGUAUGAUGAGGUACAAAGUAUGGGGUAUGACUGCACGGAUGCUUGUCGAUGCGGCUCGUUUGGCAUAUGGGGAAGAACCCGAGUUCGAGCACAAUACCCAUUUUGGUGACGAACCCAUGAUUGAUAACCUCUACAACAUGAAUCGACUCGGGGAGAAGAUACCCGGCGGGCCAGAUUUGACGGAUGCGGAUAUCAAGCAAGCCCGUGAGGCUGCGGGGGUGGCGAAGAUUUAG